AUGAGGCGCGGCGAGCGGCGCGGCCACGGCGGCGUCCUGGGCAAGGCCGCUCUGGAGGAGCAGCAGCCCCCGGCGCUGCCCAACGGCGGGGUCCCCGCUGUGGCCGAGCGGCCACGGCCAGCCGAGUCGCCGCCGUCUCUGCCGCCGGGCCCCGAGAGGGACAGCGCCGGCCUGCGCCGCAGCACCGAGUCCGAGGUGUACGACGAUGGCACCAACACCUUCUUCUGGAGAGCUCACACCUUAACAGUCUUGUUCAUCCUCACCUGUGCUCUGGGAUACGUAACCUUGUUUGAAGAAACACCCCAAGAUACAGCCUACAAUACAAAGAGAGGUAUUGUUGCCAGUAUUUUGGUUUUCUUAUGUUUUGGAGUUACACAAGCUAAAGAUGGACCAUUUUCAAGACCUCAUCCAGCUUACUGGAGGUUUUGGCUUUGCGUCAGCGUUGUAUAUGAGCUCUUCCUCAUCUUUAUACUUUUUCAGACUGUGCAAGAUGGCAGACAGUUUAUGAAGUACAUUGAUCCGAAUUUAGGUGUUCCCUUGCCAGAAAGAGACUACGGCGGCAACUGCCUUAUCUAUGAUCCUGGCAAUGAAACUGAUCCGCUUCACAAUAUCUGGGACAAACUGGAUGGAUUUGUUCCUGCUCAYUUUUUUGGCUGGUACCUAAAAACAUUAAUGAUUCGAGACUGGUGGAUGUGCAUGAUCAUCAGUGUCAUGUUUGAGUUUCUGGAAUACAGUCUGGAACACCAGCUUCCAAACUUCAGCGAAUGUUGGUGGGAUCACUGGAUAAUGGAUGUGAUCUUAUGUAACGGAUUAGGAAUCUACUGUGGAAUGAAGACUCUGUCUUGGCUUUCUUUGAAAACAUACAAAUGGCAGGGACUUUGGAACAUUCCUACCUACAAGGGUAAAAUGAAGAGAAUUGUCUUCCAGUUCACCCCAUAUAGCUGGGUCAAGUUUGAGUGGAAGCCAGCCUCCAGCCUACGCAGAUGGCUAGCAGUUUGUGGCAUAAUCUUUGUAUUUUUAUUGGCAGAGCUGAACACAUUUUACUUGAAGUUUGUCCUUUGGAUGCCGCCAGAACACUACUUGGUCCUGUUGCGCCUUGUCUUUUUUGUCAAUGUGGGAGGUGUGGCUAUGAGGGAGAUCUACGACUUCAUGGAUGACCCGAAGUUCCAUAAGAAGCUGGGUCAGCAGGCAUGGCUGGUUGCUGCUAUUACUGCCACGGAGUUUCUGAUCGUUGUGAAGUACGAUCCCUACACCCUCACGCUCUCUCUUCCUUUCUACAUUACCCAGUGCUGGAUGUUGGGGAUCAUACUUGUGCUCACCUGGACAGCCUGGCGUUUCUUCAUACGUGACAUCACCUUGCGGUAUAAGGAGAUAAGAAGACAGAAGCAAGAGCACAAAAACGAGAGAGACAAAUGCUUGAGCAACGGUGAUGGACAUUCUUCCAUACUGGAUGAACAAAACGGGAACAAACUAAGGGAAAGAAAACUUUGAGCAAUGAACAAAGGGUUAAGAGGAACUCAUAGUGCUCCAGUUAGCCUGGUGGACAGUUGCAACCCUUAUCCUACCCGAUUUGUAAUUUUCAUCGUUAGUUUUCCAACAUAUGAAAAACCUCUUGGGGGAAAAGAUGUCGCUUUGACAUACGUACCCCUCCUUGUGUAUGGCUAGUGAGAACCAGAGAAAGUCUGUGUAGAGGGAAGUAAGAGCCAACAGCAUCUCAACAAGAAGAGAUCUUCGUUCAAGUAUGUCACAUGUGUCUUCCAUGCAAAACAAGGUUUGGAGAGAAGGGACUUUAGAACAAAGUGCAAAAGGAACCUUGUUGAUUUAUUUCCAGGAAACYGAGAUUUCAAUUUUGACAUUUGGGCAGCAGGAACACUUGUUUUGGAGAAUAUGGAUAUGUUUCACAGGAAAUGGAUUUUAUAUUUCUGCUGAAACUACCUUGAGCUGUGGAGUAAUGUUAUUUAACUUUUUCAGCCACCAGUUAACAGAACUGCAGUGAGAGAAACGUAGGUAGGUGACUGAAGCUUGUGGACAAGAUGCGUAAUUGCACAGAAUAUAAUACAGUACACUACUGUUACAGCCCCUGUUAUGCAGGGGUUAUUGCCUUUCUCUAAACUGACUUUCAGCAUCCUGGAAUAGCCUAUGAUCAUUCUAGGUUAUACCACAGCCCUUGGGAGGCAGAAGACUUGUCCUUAGCUUUUUUUUUAAUUAUUAUUAAUAUUAUUAUUAUUGUUGUUGUUGUUAUUAUUGGUCAUCUCUCAAACUAAAGGAAAGGUUAAAUGRGAGACCUUAACCUGCCUUUUGUUACAUUCAUGGAGUAAAAUAUGCUACAAGGAGAAAACGGGGAGUUAUUCCUCCAGUCUUAUUUGCCUUAUUCUCACCUUAGCUUAUCAAGGGAUUUUCAUUCUUGGUAUCUGCUCUAUGAGGCAUGUCAGGUUCUGCCAUUCUUUGGGACUGCUCCGUUCCUCCCCAAAAUAACUCCAGACUCAGCAGUCCCCUGAGGCAAACUGGAGAAGCGUUCUCUGCAGUCACGCACAAAGGAAUGUGUGGCCGUCUCUGCCGACAAAACUAACUAAGGGAAAGCUCAUAGUUCUUUCCCGGGUCAUGUACAACAGUGGAGGGCCUGCAGGGCUGGCUAGGCAGCGUUAGGAAACCCAGGCUUCAUUUUYCAGGUCAUUAUUCCGAGGUAAGGUGCUGCUCCUGGCAUGAGCUUAGGGAUAGUGUCAACUUCGCCUGCUCUUAAGCCUUGGCAGUGACCUCAAGACACUGACGGACCUGUAGCCGUAUCACU